CAAGACGAUGAUGCGAGUAUCCGUGCCCUUUUUUACGCAGUAAAAGAAUUGGCGCUCUGUGUGUGCUAGGUUUCGUUUUUCGAAGAAAAAAGGAUUUGCACGAAAAGGUUUUGAUGGUCGUCCUUUUCAAAACCAUGAGACGAGACGCAUCAAGCAAGCAUGUUCGUCGAAAUCCAUUUGGGCCGCGAACRAAUACAUUUCUUCCUGAACAAUCCAGAAAAAGCGUUCAUUGUUUCAAGUUUUUAAUAAURUUUCUAGCACGYCUUCCGGGAAGAAUCGCAAUUCAAACAGCCRUUGUUUAUUGUAUUGUAUGACGCUAGCGAGUUCCAACGCAAGUGUAGCUUUCGUUGUUAGUUUUGGUUUUCGAAACGGGUAUCCUCACAAAGCAUAGAGCUUGCCGUAUCCGACGGCAAAUACAAACGCUCGGCGUUCAAUUUUGGAAAUGCAAUGUAGCACGACACGGUACUACCAAGUACGCAGUGUUAUGUUUCGUUAAUUGCCUCCGAACGGCCACCAAGACGAUCCACCCGAGGGUUCCUCCUKCGUAUUGCUAAAGGACGUCGAAGAAUCGUUCGUGGAAAACGUAGUGGGGGUAUCGAACGGRUCGCCCGUUGUGUUCGAGGUCGAGGCGCUCGACGGCGGCGGCGCGGACGUCGCCGGCGGGGGUGCCGUUGGGCCGCCGAUUCCGGCGGGGAAUAGCCCCCCCUGUGUGGGCGGCGCCGUGGGGUCGUAUCGUUGCUGGUCGGCGAUCAUCUGGUCGGGACUCGGUGGUGCAAACAUCUUCCCGAGCAUGAUUCCCAUCCCCUCGAUCAGCGCCAGCAGGACRCCGCCCACCAUUGCGGCACUGGCCGCGGCCUGGGGCCCCGCCCGGAGCGCAAGUGUGCCACCGGUGGCGGCACCGCUGAUGAUGGAAUUCCACGGGUCUUCCUUUUGCCGAACGGCGGUCAGCGAGCAAUCGUAGCACGCAAAGAUGCCCCCCCAUAUGGCGAACUGCCCCCCCAGAACGGGCGCCCGCGCCUGGAUGGCGGACAGGGAUCCCGCGAGGCGGGCCCCGGCGGGGGCCAUUCGGGCGCCCUUGAUGGAGUGCCAGAGGCCUCCUCCGAUGUUGCCCAUGCAAAAGGCACCGCCCACGUCGUCGAUUAUCCUCCAC